CAAGGCAAAAGUGUUUGGGAAAUGGAAAAAUAAAAACAAAUACUCAUACAAAUCAGCUAACUUCCACCACAAUGCCUUCGAUUCUCUAUAAUCCACAAAAUGCCGCAACUAAAACUAACCCUGGCAUAGAUCCCAAAAACAUAUUGGAAAAGGUUGAAGAAAAGCCACCCUCGAAAAAGACCCUUGCCAAGGGCAUCAAAGAGAUCUAUGGAGAUUUUUGCUCCAAUACCUCCAUACAUGGUUUUCAAUAUUUUGGACAACAUCGGCCACGCAAGGAGAUCUUAUUUUGGAUUGUCAUUUUUGUGAUUACCAUAUACUUUUGCACCACCAUCAUAGUGAGGAUCUAUGUGAAAUGGAGUGAGACACCGGUGAUAGUGAGUUUCUCGGAGAAAUCUACCCCCAUAUGGAGUGUCCCAUUUCCCAGGGUUACCAUAUGUCCGGAAACCAAAAGGGCCAUGAAUAUGAGUACUGAUGAUACCUUCUUUCAGUUGAUGGAAAAAUUGGACACCUUCUUAAAGGAGGGCCAGCAGCAUAGCGAAAAUUUCACCCUUGCCGAUUUGGAGAGAACCCUUACCCUAAUGCACAUUUGCAAAUCAGGCAUAAGUGGCAUUGUGCAAAUUACCCAGCCACUGCUUAAGGACAUCGAUUAUACGGAGAACUUAAAUCAUAUGCUGCCUCGUGUCGAUAAGUACUUAUUUACCUGCGAAUGGUUUGGCAAUAUGGUGCCCUGUGAGAGGCUCUUCAAUCGUGUCUAUACAGAUGAAGGCAUUUGUUAUACAUUUAACAGCCUGAAGGCAGAUGAUUUAUAUCGCGAGGGGGUGUUGAAGAGUAAAAUGCGUUCGAUUUCCAAUGCGACCGAUGAUAAAAACCUCCCCCUGCAAUGGUCGCUGGAGCAGGGCUAUGAUCGCGGCAGUGACCUGCAUACAUAUCCAGCAAGAGUUUUAAGCUCUGGCUCCAAGGCAGGCCUUAAUGUCCAUGUCCAGAGUUUUCUCGAUGAGGUGGACUACACUUGCAAUGGGCCCAUUCAGGGCUUUAAAAUUCUACUGCACUCACCCGACGAUGUGCCUUCGGUGUCAAAGCAUUUUGUGCGCCUAGCCAUGGACAAGGAGGUGAUGAUAGCAGUCAAGCCCAAAAUGAUUACCACCUCGGAUGACAUAGCAGCCUAUGAUCCCAUGAAGCGGCGUUGCUUUAUGAGCAAGGAUCGCCAAUUGAAGUUCUAUAAGAUCUACAGUCAGAACAAUUGUGAGCGGGAGUGUUUGACCAAUUUCACCUAUGCGGAAUGUGGGUGUGUGCAAUUCUCUAUGCCUCGCUUUAAGGAUAUGCCGGUAUGUGGAGAGGAUAAAAUCCUCUGCUACAGCAAUGCCUAUAACAAACUGUUGGUUAAACAAUUCAAGGAUGGCUUGGCAUCGGAAGAUGGCUUGGCCCAUCUACCGCUAGACGAUUGCAAUUGUAUGCCUGCCUGUACUUCGUUGGAAUAUGAGACGGAAAUAUCCGAGGGUCAUUUUGAUUUGGUCAAUACCCUUAAGGCUUUCAACAAUUUUGAUGACUAUUUUCGCAUAUAUCCUGGUGGCAAGAUGUCCCUAAUGUCCAUUUACUUUAAGGAGAAUCAAUUUAUUACCUCUCGACGUUCCGAGCUGUAUGGAGUCACCGAGUUGCUGGCCAAUUUUGGUGGUGUCUUUGGUCUCUUUAUGGGCAUCUCUAUUUUGAGUAUAGUGGAAAUGAUUUAUCAUUUUUCUUUGCGUCUAUGGUCGAAUAUGACAAGAAGUGCGGUAGGCUAG